AAUUAUUGAGCUCAUCAAUGGGUAUGGGAUUGGGAACGCAAACAAGAGCUGAUUGGCGUGUUUUCUUAUUAUCAUUUUAUGCUAAAUCUGGACGAAACCCAUCUCCCUUUCUCCCUAUUUCUCUUCCUUCUUUAUUCUUUUUUAAAUUCCCUGUUACCCAUCUUCACAAACUUACACUUCGCCACGCAAUUCUUCUAACUAUAUCAUCACGAUUAAUCUUGUAAGUUUUUAAAUUCCUUCCUUAUUUUCUUUUUGGUGUUUUUGUUUCGCUUUGUUUGAUCCGAUUUUAAUUAGAUUGUGAAGAAUGAAUUGAGUUGAGUUUUUUUUUUUUAAAAAAAAAAAAUGGAUUUUCAAUCGAAUUUGCAAUCGGAAUCUGGAAAAUUGGAACAAGUAAUAUCCCAGUUUCUGCUCAAGAUUCUUCAUGUGAUACUCGAAUCACGUGUUCCUUCUCUUCACUCACGCAACCGAUCUUCGGUUUAUCGCGUGAGGAGGACUGAUAAAUGGUUCAAUUUAGUGCUGGGAGACCGCCCUUCUGCUUUAGAUAAUUUGAAUUUUUGGCAUAGAAAUGUUCUGGAUCCUAUGAUUAUUGAUAUAAUUCUGCUUCAUAAGGAUCUCAAUUUAGUUGGGUCGUCGUCAUCCUCUUCUAAUGAGACUGUGAUCGAGAGAUGGGUUGUUCAAUAUGAGUCUGCUAAAAAUAUGCGUCACCAAAUGAAUGAUACUUCUUCGUCUUAUAAAAAGACUUACAGGAAGUCCAUUAUACUUUUGAGAUCACUUUAUACCCAUAUGAGGCUUCUCCCAGCUUAUAGGAUCUUUCGCCAGCUUAGCUCGUCGAGUCAGAGUUUUAAUUUUGAUAUCAUUUACAAGGUGUCUUCGUUUAGCAAUCUGCUUUCACUGGCUAAUGAGGAGAUGAUGUGCAAAUACACUUUUGUUCCCAUUGAGGCACUUCCUGGUCGCCUUUGUGUGUCUGUGACUUACCUUCCUACGCUAACUCAUUUUAACCUUGAACCUUUAGUGUCAUUGCCUCCUAAGAUUAUAUCAGAUUACGUUGGUAGUCCUUUAACUGAUCCAAUGAGGUCUUUUCCCUCUUCGGAGAAGGGUGCUUGCUCUACAUCUUUUUCAUUUAGAGGAGUUAGGCCUCCAUCCCCUAUGCCAUUGGAACGUCCACAUAGUUGGUCAAGUGGAUUUCAAAAGGGAGCUCCAUUUGUGCAGAAUCAGCCAAUUAGUGGUUCCCCUUCUGCAUCUCGCCUAUCCCCUCUGUCAUAUGAUUUUUCAUCUUCACCUAAUGAUAAUUAUAGUCAUAGAGUUCAAAAUUUUAGACCAACAGCUCAUCAUCGGUCUCCCAGUUAUGAAGAGUAUCAGCUUUCGCCUCCAUUUUCGCCAUAUGCUUCCCCCUCUCCCCCUACACAUUUGUCCAGUGGGAAUCCUAUUUAUGCUAAUAAAAGUUCUGGGACGGCCCCUGUAACUAUCCCACAUCCAAUGCGAAGUUCUAGAUACCUUUCUUCAGACUUUUCUGAUCCAAAUAGGCAUUCUCUUCCACCGCUCUCUCCUAUAAGUACAAAGCAUGAUCUUUCAUCACAAGAGUCUACAUCUGCAAACCGCUUAUACAGGAGAACAGAGUCUCUAAAAGCUGGAGAAUUGCAUGGUGCAGUUAAUCAUUCUUCUGUCCACAAGAUGAUCAGAGAUAGUAAAGAUGAUAGUGGCCGGUUCUCAGGGUUGUUAUCUUCUAGUGGCUCACCACGUGUUGGAUUUUCUAGAAGCUCUAGUAGAUUAUCUUUUCAGGAUGACUUGGAUGAUUGUGACUUCUCUUGUCCUUUUGAUGUUGAUGAUGUUGAUACAUCAGAUUCCAUAGCCAGUCAGAAUCUUGAGGCGAAAACAACUGCAGAGUGCUCACCCCAGUCACAUUCAACGGGUAGAAAAUCACAAGAUGCUGCUGUUGGUGUUCUUGUGCAAAUGUUGAGGACAGCCCCGCCUCUUCGUCAAGAUUCUAGUAUUUACUCUACCCACUCAUUAAGGCCAGAAGAUCCUGAGGGAGGGGUUGGUACAGCUUCUGGAUUCUUCAUGCCUCGAAAAACAGCAGAUGCUCUGGAAGAGCUUAGGAGUUACCGAGAAAUGAGAGACCUGCUUCUCUCCAAGAGUGGGACUCGGGUGUUAAGCAGGGAAGAGGCAAGAUAGCUUCUUCAAAUUUGUGGGUUCAUCUUUCUCUUACAGAAGCUGCACUUGUCAACGAGAUUACAUCGAUCAGCACUGAGUUAUAGACACUGGAGCCUCAGCAACACAGUUGUUUUAAUGCUAUGUAGAAAGGAGAGAAUAACAAAUCAUGUACAUAUCAUAACUGAAUGUUAACAUCGCUUGCUAUUUUCAAAUUUCAAUGGAAAUGGAAAAACAUGUUGCCAGGAAAAGAAUCCAUAUCCUGUGCAAUGUUUUUGUGUUC